AUGUUUCGCACGGUAACACCGAAAAUUGUGCGUGAAAUAUUCGAAUUUUCGUUGCAAAGCAGUAAAUACAGCAAUCAUUAUGUAGCAAGAAAUGCCCACCGGGCUGCCGUACUACGGGAAGCCGGCAAACCGGUCGUGCUGGAAACGGUAAAAAAGACAGAAAAGCUGAAAAACGAUGAGGUACGCGUCAAGGUGCACUAUUGCAGUCUGAAUUCAACCGACGUGAAAAUCAUAACCGGCAAGCAUGCCGAACUGAACGUCCCGCUACCAUUUAUUCCCGGGCAUGAAUUUUCCGGUGAAAUCGUUGACAUCGGGAAAGAGAAUCCGCACCAUUUCAACCGGGGCGACCGGGUGGUGGUAAUGAACGAUCUGCAAGAUCCGAACGGUGGCCUCAUAACGGAAGCGGUGGUAAAAAAUCGCGACGUAUGGACCGUGCCCCAAUCGGUACCGCUCCGUGAAAUGGCUGUCCUACCGUACGGGCACGGUACCGCACUGCUAACGUUCGCUUUGUACUGCAAUCUGAAGGAAAACGAUUUGAUACUAAUAACGGCGGGACCGGGCGGUAUGGGACUGGCCGCGAUUGAUUUAGCGGUGAGUGUGUACAAAGCGAAAGUUAUCGCUGUGUGCGACACCGAAAGCAGCUCUGAUCUGGUGCGCGAAAAGGGAGCCCAUAAGGUGGUGAGCAUGAGCAAGAAUAACUUUACGAAGUUGUACAAAAACGUGCAGGACGCGAUGGGCGACAAGAAGGCAAAGCUAGCGUACGAUGCGGUAGGAAAGGGAUUACUCCAUUUACUGGCUGAUUUUGUCGAUCCCGCCAACGGACAACUCAUCUCGGUGGAUCCAUUUUUUAACGCAUCCAAAUUUCCAACGGAAUUGCCCGAAUUUGAACGACCAAAGCGAAAGGAGAAGGAUGAAAAACCAGCUGAAGCAGAGGGAAAGGCACAACUGAUCCAAAACGUGCGGCACUUCGAUCUGUACGAGUAUCCAGAUGUGGACACCUACCGGCAGAUGAUUUCCGACACGAUCGAGAUGCGAUCGGAGGGUAUGAUUGCGGGACAUAUAAGUAAGAUUUUCCCACUCGCAAAAAUUCAACAAGCGAUUGAAUUCGUGCAGCAAAAGCAGUGCACCGGCAAGGUGUUAAUUGAUGUCCAGUGUACGGAUCCGGAUGACGAUGAUUGUCCCGAUGCUAAAGAAAAGAAGGCUAAGGAUAGCAAAGACGAAGGAGAGAAAAAGAAAUCGAAGGAUUAG